UAGUUAUGUGUAUUGUAUGCACAUGGAUGCUGGCCGAGUGGUGAGAUGGGCUCGAACACAGGUGUAUUUAUUGUUGGUAAAGCGGCUGGUGUGUGUGCUUCGCUAUCGGAGUGGGGAGAGAAAUGACUUACUUUAUAUUUUGAAAACAUCUCGGAAUUACUCUUUCCAAUAUGGAUAACUUACGGAAUUGUAUUAUAUUUAUUGUUUUGUGUGUAUGGACUUCAUACGCAAAAGAAGUUAAAUUAUAUGAUAGUAAUGACUUUCCUGGUUUAUAUUGGACAGUAUAUCCACCACAAGAUCCAGAUUCACAAACAUAUGUAGGGUGGACAGAGUCUGGAGCAAGCUAUGAAAGGAUUUAUCAGACUUGUCAUGUAAGUGAUCCUAGAGACAACUGGCUUCGUAUGCCUUAUAUUGAAAGAAGAGGAGCAAAUAGAAUUCAUGUAGAAGUUAAAUUCACAAUGUACUCAUGUACUGGCAUCGUAGAUGCCCAACUAUGUAAAGAAACAUUUGAUGUGUAUUUUUAUCAGUCGGACACCGACGAUGCAACAGAAACGUCGCCAGACUGGAGCUCUCCACCUUACCAGAAGGUAGCAAGGAUAGCGGCCGAGGGCCGGUUCUCCGAUCCCGACACGCAGGACGAGGAGGUCGUCAACGUGCGGAUUGAGGACUACGGGCCCGUGACGGCCAAUGGUUUCUACAUAGCAUUCCGCGACCAAGGGGCGUGCAUGGCCCUGCUGCAGGUGCGUGUCUUCUACCAAGUUUGUCCUCAGGUGAUUUUGGACUUUGCGAUUUUUAAUCAGACCAAUGAGGGUCCAGAGACGCACACUCUUGUUACGGUUCCAGGGACGUGUAUAAGGAACGCUCAGCCAGUACCACCGGGUAGUACGCCUCAGUAUAUAUGUCAAAAUGAAGGGAUAUGGUCACUCAACCAAGGAGGAUGCGGAUGCUCACCAGGGUAUGAAGCAGGUGCAGAUGAUAUCAGUUGUCAAGGUCAGUACCUUCCUUUUUGAAUCCUCAAUAAUAAAUGACCAGUGGUACCAGAAUGUUUUCAUCAGUCAAACAUUUAGAGGGUCAAAC